CACCGUUUGCGCCGUUUGCAAUGCCGAUACCCGCGGGCGACGCGACGACGACGACCCACGGUCGCUGCAGCAGCCCGCGGCGUCGCGGCGACACGGCAAAGACGCGGUGAUACGACGAUCGGCGACCGGAGAUCGCGGCGGCGGCGGCGACGACGUUCACGCGCGCGGUGGGACCUCUCCCACGGUGGAUCGCGGCCGGAUCGUUCCUGAGACCACCGCAGUCGUACGCAUAUGAAAUGGGUAGCUCUUGGUGGCAGUGCGCCGCGUGUCUGAGAGCUCAGGAAGAAGACAUCUGCGAGCUACAGCUGAAUCACUGUAAUCUCUACGAUGUACCACCCGAUGUGUUCAUUUACGAAAGAACGUUGGAAAAGUUGUAUCUCGACGCCAAUAGAAUAAGAGAUCUUCCCAGGCCGCUAUUUCAGUGCCACGAAUUGAGAGUAUUGUCGCUUAGCGAUAAUGAAAUCACUACGUUACCACCCGCCAUAGCGUCGUUGAUCAAUCUGGAAUAUUUAGAACUCAGCAAGAACAGUAUAAAGGACUUACCAGACAGCAUAAAGGAAUGCAAGAGUCUUCGCUCGAUAGAUAUCAGUGUCAAUCCUUUCGACCGUUUCCCGGACGCUAUAACACAUAUCGUCGGCUUGCGCGAGCUGUACCUAAACGACGCGUACAUAGAAUACUUGCCGGCUAACUUCGGACGACUGUCAGCCUUGAGGACGCUCGAGCUGCGGGAGAACAACAUGAUGACGUUGCCUAAGAGUAUGAGUCGUCUGGUAAACUUACAGAGGCACUUACAGAGGCUCGACAUUGGCAACAAUGACUUCACGGAACUGCCUGAAGUUGUUGGAGAUCUAAUCAAUCUUACGGAGCUGUGGAUCGACGGCAACGACAUUAGGCGCGUCCCGGCGAACGUCGAGCAGCUUUACCGCUUGAACCACUUCGAUUGCACGAUGAAUGCGAUACACGCGCUCCCGAUGGAGAUACGCGGCUGGCGCGACAUCGCGAUUAUGAAUCUGUCCUCGAACGAGAUGUACGAGUUGCCUGACACGCUGUGCUACCUGCGCACGAUCGUCACCCUCAAGAUCGACGACAAUCAAUUGAACGCACUGCCGAACGACAUCGGCCAGAUGUCGAGCUUAGAGGAGCUUAUAAUCACUAAAAACUUUAUCGAGUACUUGCCGUCUUCGAUCGGCUUGUUGCGCAAGCUGCACUGUCUCAACGCGGACAAUAAUUAUCUGCGCGCGCUGCCCGCCGAGAUUGGCAGCUGCACGUCGUUGUCCCUACUCUCUUUGCGAUCAAACAAUUUGUCGCGCGUACCGCCCGAGCUGGGCCACCUGUCCUCGCUACGGGUGCUUAAUCUUGUCAACAACGCCAUCAAGUUUCUUCCGGUUUCCAUGCUGAAUCUCAGUAAUCUGAAGGCGUUGUGGCUGAGCGACAAUCAGAGUCAGCCAUUGGUGCCGUUGCAGCAGGAGUUCAAUUGCGAGGAGGACAUGAUGGUGUUGAGCUGUUUUAUGCUGCCACAGAAACCGCGGCAGGACUUGGAGCAAGUAGCGCAGACCGCGGGACCGAUUUCGAGUUCGAUCAUCGGAAACGGCAAGAGGAUAUGUUUUGCUGCUGAAGUAGAUUCCGAAGUCCCCAGGCAACUUCAUCGAGCACCGACCCCUUAUCCUAAGGAGCUACGUAAUCUCGCUAGGCACGCUCGUAAUCUGCAUCAUCAGUCCAUUCACGAUCAAAGAAGCACACCUUUGUCUACAACCUCUGUCGAUCGUCACACGGUGAAGAACUACAGCAAGAACAACAGACCGACUGAACCCGGAGCGGCGGAGCACUCGGUGUCCGAGGAGUCGUCGGACGAGGCGAACAAGACCGUGCUGGCGAAGGAGAAAAACCCGGACAUUCGGGAGGCGAAGUACAUCCGCAAUCCCACGUCAGACUACGUCGUGAAAGCGCCUACCGUGGCCGAUUACGUCAAUUCCACGUGGAAACCGGACGAGUACUCCAAGGCGAAUACGGCGAAGAUAGUGGAGUCAGAGAAGUUUAUCGAGCCCUACAGGACGACGACGUCUGCCGAUGUGACGGACGGCAAGUACGGAGAGCAGACGCGGAUAGCCGUCGCGCCAAAAUCGUGCGACGUACCGCCGGCACCGCCACCGUAUCACAUCGCGGCGGCGUUCUCCAAGAAGGCCGCCCUUUUUCAGCAGUUUAGUAAUUCGGUUGAAGCAGAUGCGCAUCUGGCUCCACCUUCGUUAUCUUUCAACUCGUCUUUAAAUUCGACUGGGCCGGAUGUAAUAAAACAGAAAAACUUGGAUAUGAACGCGGAAUUGGCGAAAUCUGAGGAAUGCGCAUCCGUGUCAUCGGACGAUCGGGCAAAUACUCUCGCUAAUUUGAACGACAAGCCGACGGAUAACGGACGAACGAGUUCUCUCGAUCAGAUCAGCACGGACCUGAGCUGCACAUCGAUCCCGGAUCCCGGCGCCGAACUUGAGCCGAGCGAUCGUGCCCUCAAACCGAGCAAGAUUCCCGUUUUGAAGACGAAGCACACGGAGAAUUCUGGUAACGAUGCGAGCUCGAGCAGGAGUCCUUCACGGGAAGAUUACGAUGUGAGUAGAACGUUGAACGUGUAUUCCGGCAUACCCACGUCACCGGUCACGGGAAAGAAGUACCGAAGUCCGUUAUCGGCGUCGGUGAAGCCGCUCGAUCGUUCAAGAAAGCUGACGAACGGAAACACCUCGUUGAGCAACAGUUCGUGCGACAAUGUCAGCAUCUCAAUUGACGCGCCGACGAACAUUGGCGGUCGAGCGAACACCGUCACUUCCGUUCAAACAAACAGGAACGUUGACGCGUCGUUGAGCGUCACUUCACCCGCUACCGCUAAAAACGAAAGCAGCUCGGACCAAGACACACCAAUCCACAGUACGAAUGGCAAAUCUCAUGGCGAUGCGAGUUUCAAUGCCGAGAGCUUCAAAGAGCACAGUCCUGCGUCAAACGAGAGCUCAGAGAGGAAGCCGAAGUUCAAGUGGAUGUUCGGCCCUCACAAAAAUGCGAAUGUGCUGCCUGUUCAAGUGAAGAAGAAUCCAGGUCUCGGUUUUAGCAUAGCUGGUGGGGUAGUGGGUGCAGAGACCGGAAUAAUCGUGACGAAGGUGAAUCCCGACGGGCCAGCUCAGGGCACUCUUCGGCCGGGAGACAAAAUUUUAGAGGUGGACGGUAUUGACUUCACCAAAUCGGAUCACAAUAAUGCCGUCGCCGUUCUGCGUGCCACCGGUGCUGUUGUAUCUAUGAUGAUAAGUCGCCAUCAAUGAUUGUAAGUUAAUUCGGAGGAACACAAAAAAAGGAAGAAAACUUUUUCUAAUUCUUUUAGAUCGCGUACGAUCGCUUUACAUACUUCACAGACUGAAUACAUUUUAUAUAUAUAUAGCUCUAUAAUACACAUAUACAUAUAUAUAUAUAAAUAUAUAUUUAAAUAUAUUCUUUAAUCAAAUCCGCAAAAAUCGAUACGCGUCACGUUCGCGUGAAAAAUGAAAGAGACAAACCGAGAGCGGUCCGCGCAAAUAUCGCCGAGAUUGUUCGUAAUUGCUGUUGUGAAAUCCGCAACGAUAUUUACGCGGACGGACGAAAACGGGACUCGCCCCGUAUACACGUACAUCUAUAUAUUUGUGUCGAAUAAGAUUGUAAACAAGUUAGGAUACACGAAUAUCGUUCGUUUUGCGAUUAACGCGCGACAAGGUGAUUGAUCCUCCCCAUGAGAAUAAUACUAUAAAAUAUGUUAUUUUUCAACAAUCUGUCUGCGAGCGGAUCGAUCCGCUCGCUCAUGUAACUCCUCUACGAGUAACUACGACUAGAACAAUAAUGUCUUUCCCAAAAGCUCUCUAAUUCAUGAGACACGCACAUCCACGCGUGUUUGGACGAUGAUGUUGGUAGAUUAGUCGAUUUACAUCUAUAUCUAUAUGCGCUCCCCCCGACCGGGAGCGCCGACAAUGUGCCAGAAAAAAAGUACUAUUUAUUAUCCAUAUACAUAACAUAUUGAGAAAAAAGAUAUAUAUAUAUAUACUAUGCAUAUAUAAAUAUAUACAUAUAUUAUAUAUAAACAAAUUUAUCUGUGGACGGGGCCAGACGAGGUUUCCAUAGAUCCUAGGCGGUGUAAAUAAGUCUCUCUCUCGAUUGUUCCCUCGUGUCGAAGUGUUUGUUGAUACCUCCAUGAGGUGUUUCGACAAUGAAAACCUUGUCCUCGAAUUCGUGACUUAGAAUUGAUUUUUUUAAAUACAGAAAUAUAAAUGAAUUUUCUUUAAUAACAAUUAAAAAUGAACCAAUUUUAAAGAAUAAAAACCUUUUAUUUUUUUAAAUUUGUUACUCUUGUUCGAUGAAAUUUUAAAUCGAGAAUUAUGUAACAGAAAUUUUUCUUUUUUAAUAAAUAGAAAAAUAUUUAAAAAUACAUUUUUAUUUGAAACAUUAAAAUUUUUAUUUUUAAUUAAAUACUUUAAUUCUUGAUAUACUAAAUUGUAAGAAUUAUAAAAUCAAGAAUGAUCAAAUUUAAUUUUGAAUCGGACAUUAUAAAGAAAUUUUUAGUUUUGAGAUUAGAAGAAUAAUUAAAAGUAUGUCUUUAUUUAAAAUAUUAAAAUUUUUGUUUUUAAUUAAAUACCUUAGUUCUUAAGAUACUAAACUGUAAGAAUGAUAAAGCCGAGCGAGGCUUCUAAUCAAAUUUUUUGUCAAGAGAAAAUCGGAAUUUCUCCAGAAGUUCACGGACGAGGUUUGUCGAGAAUGUUACGUGGAACAUCCUGUGCGUAUUCUCAUCGUGAGAUACACAUGUCGUCGCGCUCUACUUCGUUGUAAUCGAAUCAUUUCUAACUCGUGAUCCGAUCGCGCAUAGCGAUCUUUAUUAGUUGUUAACUAUAGUAAUUGUUAUUGCGUACGGCAAAGCUAUAAAUUCUAUGAAUUCGAUGGGAUACUAUGAAGAGGAACGGUGUGAAAUAACUCCGACCUGUGUUACGAGAUAAGUGGUACCUCGGACGUUCAGCCGAAUGUUCAGUUAUGGAUGAAACGUUCGUCUUCUUUAUCGGGACGACACAACUCAAAUGAUAUCCGUUUGUAGAUAAUCGAGCAUUCAGGGUUUAUUGAUAAUAAUAAUAAUUGCGCCUCGCUCUGUGGGACCCUCGGCACACCCUCGUCUGGUUGUAGGAGAGAAAAGAAAAUAUUCUUCUAUGUGCCGUACUUAUAUCGAUAAUAAUGUUUCUACUCGUGUCAGUGUCAGUCCACGGACGUUCAACUAAUUGCGGCGCGUAUUAUUCCACUACGGAUCUCUCUUACUCUCUCUUUCUCUCUCGCAUUUACGCCUUUUUCUCAGAUUUACCUCCGUAUCGUGAGAGUUCGCUGUUCGAUCGUUAAUUAAUGAACCUUGAACACUGGCGCGUAUGUUUCGCGACCUUAACGGAGGAUACGUCGAAUCCUUCAGUUGUUGUAUUAAAGAUAUAAAAAAGGAUAUUCUUGUUCGUUCUUUUAAUUAAUAUUUGAUGUAUUUAGUAAUAGUGAAAAAUGGCAAGAGUUUGAUUAAUAAAUGUCUGUUAAUUUCGUAAGUGCUCGCGUGGGCGUCGAACUGAUCCAGACGCAAGCCACAAAUUUACUAAUAAAAUAUAUUACGUAACAAAAUAUUGUUAAAAAUAUGGAUCUCUUUAAAUUUCUGUAAACGGUUGAAAACUGUUAUUCUACGUUUAAAAACAGAGUUUCUCAGAGUUUAUGAUUAAUUACAAAUAAAAAUAAAUAGGAAAAGUCACACGAGCAUUUACGGAUUAAUGAAUAGAUUAAUAGAUUGGACAACAUACUUAGCGUUUAUGAAUUUUAUGGUUACACUCAUGUGUUUGCUAUGUAUGUAUACACAUAUUUGUCAUUAUUUUAUACGUGCGUGAAUGUGCGUAAAUUCGAUGAGAGUUUCGCGCCAGUGUGCUCGAGGAUCAAAUAGAUGUGUACGUGUACCGUUAUUCGAUCGUUUUUAUCAUUAAUGUUCUUAGACUGUCGAGACCACGAAACGCCUUUUCGGAAUUAACGCGACUGAUUUAGCGAACUAAUUUACGGUGUUCACUCGCGUUUCUUCCAUUGAUAUCCAGUUGAAGGAACCAGCCUGUACCUUUCGUGAGGAACUGUUCCCCGCGACGAUUGUUAGUCGAGCGUGAUGUCGCCGAGCGGAAGACAAGACGCUUUUGCAUGUCUCACGCCGAUCGAAGAAAAGUGAUAAGAGGAAAAGUCGCGGCGGAGAGGACAAGAGAAGCGUAGGACUGAAAUAAUAUGGUAGCACAAGUAAAAUCGUUAUUCGGUUAUAUAUAUAUGUACGUUGCAUUUAUAUAUAUUUGAGCGCAUUGUUAUAAUCUAAACUAGUGUGAAUGCAAGACUAUUUACGGUGUGCCAGGCGUUCCGCAUCUCUCCUCCGUUAAAUAUCUCUUCCACGAGUCCCCGGAUUCGCGAUUUUACCGCGAUAAAUUGACUCUAUCAAUCUCUAAUUACAGGAUGUUUACUAUUGGGAAAACGUGUAGCUUUCAGAGAAUUUAUUUUUUAUUCUUGGAAAUCUGCAUUGCGUAAGAAAUAAUUAAAUAUUAGAAGAGAAUGCAGUUUUGAGGGUAUUUCAAGGCUAAUAUAAAAUUGUCUUUAGACUUGCGAGAACGCUUUGUUUGACGCACUAUCGGUUACUUUAUCAAAAUUAAAACUGUGAUAACAGCAGAAGAUUCAUAUCUUAAGAGAAGCGACCUACUUGAGCUGUGGUUUUAAAUGUAGAUAGUUACAACAAAGAAAGAUCUACGAGAAUUUUUUAUACGCUAAGAAUAGAUCCAUUCAGCACAGGAAUGCGGCUUGUAGCACUUCCUUAUUUCAGAGAAUUGACUCAGUUAAGGGCGCGACUUUUAUAUUCAACAUUGAACAGGGCGGUUGGAUAUUGAGGGACAAGUUUGUAGAAGCUUUUACAACUUCUAAAUUGCAUUCUCGAUUGUUGGCCACGUUAGAAAUAUCAAAGUUGUUUUCAAAGAUCCAAGUAUCCAAUAGAAUUUUCACAGCUGAAUAGGUAUUUAAAUAUUCCUCGAGAUUCCGAGAAGCGUAUCAUCUCUAUUAAUUGUAUUUUUUACGCCUUGAAUUUAUACUUCCAGUGAGUUAAAUCCGUAUAUGGCGGACAGAUCUUUAUGUGCCAUAUUUAGUUCAUAUUAUUUUUGUUUAAUACUUAAAUUUAACAUUCAAAAUUUAACUGCCCUUUGUGAUUGUGUAAUUAAACGAAAGUUAAAAUUUUAGAGUUGUGAAUAAAAUUCUUAGAAAAACCGGGAAUUCUUAGAGAAUUCCCUUAUUAAAUUUGAGUAAACAUCCUGCAAUUAGUAAUUGUAAUUUCAUCGCCACAAUUAAUCGCUCUCUCUCUCUCUCUAAGAACUGACCAAGCUAUUUAGUGUUACUGAUCGAAGAUCAAAAUAUUUUAUUGCGAAUCUGAAAGAUCCUGUCUAAAGAAUCCCGAUCGAUUGAAAAUCUUGGACAAAAAUGACAAUCUUGAUGACAGAGGAGAGAUACCGAGGGUCUGGGAUCGUGAGCGUUAGCUAAUUAAUUGUUGUUACUUAAGUUAGUGUCUGUCUACUUGUAUCUUCGUUCUUCGUCGGUGUUACGUAUCGUAAGGUUUUACCGGUAGGCUCACGGCCGUGUACCGAUCAAAGCAGCCGCUUCGUAUUUCGAUUUCCGCGCGUCGGGAAUUACAGUAGGAUUAUUCGUACCUAGUCAGACCUCGAUAGCAGACGUUAGUGUUCGCCGAUUCGUAUCAAUAGUUUCCGCCAUCCUUUGCGUUGCGUCUCAUGCGUGUGUUCGUUGUGUCACGCUAACGCGACGACCCGAACUUACAAUCAGAUUGUACUGAAGGUUCUUUGCGUAUUUCUUUCCACUUCUUAUUUAUAGAUUAGUUUCUUCACAGCUCAUUAGCUCGUCAUUCUUUUCAUUCUGUUGCUGCAUUUAAUUCCGUAGAAAUGAUGGAAUGCAUUUGGGUUGAUAAAAGAAUUUGCUCGUUGCUUUUUUCUCGAUGACUUCUCGAUUAAUGUAUAUUGCCACCAAUGAAGAUUAACUUUAAUCUCGAUCUGAUUUAUUUUCUUUUUUUUUUCAGUGUUUGAAAAUUAGGAUUAAAACAAGUGUUUUAUCAUAUUUCAAAAUUAUCAAUAUUUCAAAAUUAAACACAUUUUUUUUUACUGUAAAGUUAAUCUAUAUUGAUUGAAAUAAGAGAGAGAAAUGGAGAAAGAAAGAGAAGACGAGCACUCUCUUUUUCUCAUCAGCCUGAUAAUUAUCUUUAGAAUGUCUCAGAGGGACAGGGUGUAAACAUGUUGGCUGACGGAGAAGUUUCCACUUUCAUGGACCACGAACACAUAUUACUCUUUUCUACUACUCUAAACUAAACAGACUGACUACCUUUUGGAUACCUAUUACAUGUUUAAACGGCGUGUUCCGGCCGAGGGUUUUCCGGUUCGGAUAAAAAAAUCGCCUCUGAUCUCGGAUGAGAGAAUCUUCCAAAGCUUCAUGUUAAUUAAUCUCGCAGUAACCACGUGCCGAACGAGAGCGCGAAUUAAACGGGUACCGCGAGCCGGAUCUUGUCCCUCGCACGGAAACGCCGUGAGCGACGCUCGCUAUCGUUAUUGAUCGGAGUGAAUUGCGAAUCUUAAGAAUUGAACGCGUGACUGAGGCUCCGAGUUGUACCCAUGGGUGUAUAUACAAUAAGCGACUAACUGUGCGUAUGUAAAAAAAAAAAACGUUGAGAAAGCAAUCAAGUGGUCGUACCAUUUUACUUGCGAUGUAUUUUGCGUUUUUGCUCUUGUUUUUUUUAUCGUAUUGAACAAAUUUUUGAGCGAAUCGAAAUAUUUUCUUUUUUUGUGCCAGAGUGUUUUUUUUUUUGUUAUAUUUUUUUUAUUCGACGAUGGACGCGUUAAAUAAAUUGUGUUUUGCGACGUCCGCAUUUAUCCGGAGAACGAUUUGUCUCUGUGAACGGUACAACCACUUCGUUAGCGUACGUUAAUUAUGAUUGUCAUUGUAUGACUAAUUUAUAGUUUGUAACGGUGAUCGAUGUACAAACAGAUAACUCACGUUCUACCGGACGUCGUCUUCUGAUAUAUAAUUACUAUUGCAUUUUGAAUAUGUUAGUGGAAGAUGUCUGACCUUUAACGAGAAGUCCUAGUUGGUUGUGCAGCAAUAAAUAAAUUAAUAUUUACGUACAAA